CACAAAAAUGUAGGCACCUGGUACGCCGUUGGCCUCGGCUCCUGCGGCGUUUCCAACGUGGCGACCGACUUGGUCGUCGCUGUGUCGGAGCAGCUCUACGACACCUAUCCUGGCUAUACCGGCACGAACCCCAACAACAAUCCUGUCUGCGGCAAGAAGAUCCAGGCCACCUACCAGGGCAAGAGCGUCACUGUCACCGUCACGGACCGCUGCACUGGCUGCACCUUGACCGACCUCGACUUCUCGCAGGGUGCCUUCGACAAACUUGCCGCCGAGUCCGCCGGCCGCCUCCACGGCGUCACCUGGACCUGGGUCUAA